CUACAACAACAGGGAUCACUAGGUCUGACCCAAUUGAGCUACUCGACGACGAUGAGGAGCUGGCGCGGAAGCUUGCCACCGAAGACGGGAUGGAUAUAGACGAGAUCCGCGCCGAAGAGGCUAGAUGGAAGAGUGCAACUGCCGCCGUUGCACAUGUCAAGGAGGAGAAAGAUGCGGUUUCGAUCACUGCCAACCUUUCAGAGACGAGCCAAUCCCCGAGCAAAGCAGUAUCCACGCGGCAUAUCAAUCUCGCCACCUCAACAAUGCCGAAAUCAAUGCCGACCCCCGUCGCCUUACCGGAUCUUGGCAUCGAUCCGCUACUGAAUUCGCUCGAAGCAUGCCCAUGGUCGGGCUCGAAUGCUCCUUUCGCUUUCUUAUCGAAUGCAUUGAUAUCCCUGUCAGGCACACGGAGCCGUAUCUUGAUUCUGAACAUCCUAACGAAUACCCUGCGUUACAUUAUCGCAUACGACCCAGCAAGCCUCACCGCUGCUGUAUACCUUUUAUCUAAUUCGCUCGGUCCUGCAUACCAAACUAACACUGAGCUCAACAUCGGAGGCUCGGUUUUGUCCAAAGCUCUCCUAGCGACAACCUCUCUCACCCCUGCCAAACUCCGCCAUCUCUACCACCAACAUGGUGAUCCAGGAGAUGUUGCUUUCCAUGCGAAAACUUCAGUUCGCACCCUCGUCGCACCAUCACCGCUCACGAUCCAAGGCCUGUACGACAAGCUCCUUGCAAUAGCGGGCGCGAAAGGUCAGGGUGUCGUUAAACGUAAAGAAGAAAUUGUGCGUGGACUGCUGGUGCAAGCUCAGGGCGAAGAGGUCAGAUGGGUGUAUCGGAUCCUUUCUCUCAACUUGCGUGUCGGAGCGGUAAGGAACACGCUUCUCCAGGCAGUAGCAAGGGCAUUUGCACUGUCCCAGCCUGAGAAAUCGAUGCUGAAGAAGGAAGAUGAUGAAUACGUGCCGGAAGAGAUAAAGGCACAGGUGUUGCCGCCGCCCAAGGGGAAGAAGAAGGCACCUCCAGAUCCGGCCAGGACGAAGGCUACUGAGAUCCUGCUAAAGGCGGAAGGAACGGUCAAGCGGACGUACGCACAACAUCCAAACUAUGGUCACAUUAUCAGAGGCCUUCUGAAUGGGAGAUUAGGGGAGCUCCCAGAUAGGGUACCACUGACCGUUGGAGUACCUCUGUUACCUACUCUCGGAAGCCCUAUGCGCAGUCUUGAAGAGAUUUACGAUCGUCUCUCCGGUCUGCCGUUCGCCGCAGAGAUGAAAUACGAUGGUCAGCGCGCACAGGUCCAUGUCAGCGUGCUCAAAGAUUCGGAAGAUUUCACGGGGGACAAUGGCGUGCAGAACAAUCAGUUCGUGGUAGAUAUUGGCGAUGGGAGGAAAGCGAGCGUGAGGAUGUUCAGCAGACAUCUGGAGGACAUGACGGAUAAAUACCCAGACGUCCUGGUGAUGCUCGCAUCUGUCCUUGCGCGCAACCCGUCACUCGAAUCGUUCAUCUUGGAUUCUGAGAUCGUCGCUCUUGACCCAGCAACUGGAUCGCUGAAAUCAUUCCAGGAGUUGAGCAAUCGAGCUAGGAAGGAUGUUAAGCUUGAGGAUGUGAAGGUCUCGGUCGGCCUCUUCGUCUUUGAUUUACUGUACUUGAAUGGCCAGCCUUUGUUGAGCAAGACAUUUCGCGAGCGCCGUGCUACGUUGCGGCAACACCUACCGCCUUACACGCCACAAGACGUCCGAUUGUCUGCGCGCCUGGAAUGGGUCGAAAGCGUUGAUUCAGAAGACGGAGAAGAUGUCGUGCUGGGAUUCUGGGAGCAGGCCGUUGCGGGGAAGUAUGAGGGGCUGAUGCUGAAGAUCCUUGACAGUGGAGAGGUUCUCGAUGACGAUAUUGGAGUAUCUAGUGAUGCGGAAGAUUCGCCUAAGAAGAAGGGAAAGAAGAAAGUGCAGGAGAAGGAAGAAGAGAAGAGCAAGAAGAAUGGGUCGAGGAGGAAACCGUUGCCUGCAACGUAUGAGCCUGAUAAGCGUACAAUGGCAUGGCUCAAGCUGAAGAAGGACUAUGUCCUUACCACUGGCGAUUCACUCGAUCUGAUUCCCAUUGGUGCUUGGCAUGGUAACGGCAGGAAGGCACGAUGGUGGAGUCCGAUCCUCUUGGGAGUAUGGGACGAGAACGAGGGGAGGCCGGUUGCAUUAUGCAAAUGCAUGAGCGGAUUCACGGAUGUCUUCUACAAGAGCCUGAACGAGAGGUACCAGGAGGGAAGCGACACCUGCUCCCGUACCCCGCUUUGGGAUGUCGAGACUAGCGGAUACUCCCCCUCUGUAUACUUCAAGCCGCAAGAAGUGUGGGAAGUUCGAGGGGCAGACAUUACGAUCUCCCCAACGUCUGUCACCGCCAAGGGCAUGAUCGACCCUGAACGCGGGUUGAGCCUGCGGUUCCCACGGUUUAUGAAGCUACGCGAGGACAAGGGGAUCAUGAACGCCAGCACGCCUGAAGAUAUUGCGCAUAUGUAUCGGCAGCAGGAGGCGCGUGGGGAUGGACGGAACGCAAAGGCCACUACGGGGAUGGACGAUGGAGAAUUGAUCGAUGUGCCGUUUGAGAGUGAUGCUGUGAACGAGGAGAGCAGCGGGGCAGAGGAUCAGAAGGAGUGA